AUGGUUCUUCUUGUGACUUCUGACAACGAGCAGUUCGUCGUUGACAAGGAAGUAGCGGAGCGCAGUGUCCUGAUUAAGAACAUGCUCGAGGAUGUUGGCGAGAGCGACCAGCCCAUCCCUCUUCCCAACGUCUCCUCGAGUGUCCUCAAGAAGGUCCUCGAGUACUGUGAGCACCACCGGGGAGAGCCCCUGCCCGCUGCGGAUGCCGAGCAGAGCCAGGACGAGACCCGCAAGCGGACGACCGACAUCAGCGAGUGGGACCAGAAGUUCAUCACCGUCGAUCAGGAGAUGCUCUUCGAAAUCAUCCUCGCCGCCAACUACCUCGACAUCAAGCCCCUCCUCGAUGUCGGCUGCAAGACGGUCGCGAACAUGAUCAAGGGUAAGACCCCCGAGGAGAUCCGCAAGCUCUUCAACAUCGUGAACGACUUCACGCCCGAGGAGGAGGCCCAGAUCAAGAAGGAAAACGAAUGGGCUGAGGACCGCUAG